ACGUCACGUGACAUGGCAACACCGAAGAUGUCAACUUGAGAGAUUUCUUUUUCUGCCAGUCAUAUCUUGAAUGUCAACACUAAGAAGUUACACGUUAAACAGCUGCCAGUUCAUAAAUGAAAGCAGUAAACUCAGGUCUGCAGUGACAGGACAACCAGAGGGAAUGGAUAGAUUUCCUGUGAACGUUACAGAGGCAGUGUGUCUUGGGGCCAGCCUUACCAUAUCAGGCCUCUGCUACUACCUCUAUAAAAAGAGCCGGACGACAGUACAUAAACUUGAUGAUGCUCCACACUUCACCAUAGAUGGCAAACUCAAAGACAUUUUGAAAGUUACUCCAGGAGCAUGUCUAGAGUAUGCUGUCAUCGAAGGUGCUGUGGAACCAGUGGGCGAGCCUCUGAUGAGUCACUUUCAAAAAGAAAUUGUCGGAGUGUUGCAGAAAUUCAUGUUGAGAGAACACAGGCUGGUGUGGAACAGCCUUUCACGUUCUUGGACAGACAGUGAACGAGUCAUGCACCAAAGAGUGAAUGCAGUGCCCUUUGUGUUAGUGGGAUCAGAUGAGACCACAGUGAAAGUCCUGUGCCCACUGCAGGCCUCCGGACAACACAUGGAGAUCACCCACGAGAAGUUCCACCAGGUCAACUAUGGCUUGGGUGACAUUGUAGGACAAUACCUGAGUGGGGAGAAGCUUAAAGGGCAACUGGAGACCGAGGAAAUGCUCAAAGUGGGCACAGCUCUUACAGGCGUAGGUGAGUUGAUACUGGACACAGACGGCACCCUGUGUCUUCGACCGCCUUCUAAUGGUUCACAGUACUUCUUGAGCAGUGCGGACUUUGACACCCUGCGAGGAGAGCAAGAGAGCACGGCUGUUUGUUGGAAGGCGCUGGCCAUUGCCUCUGCAGUGGUGGGAGCAGCGGUCCUCUUCUGGGUCGGUCGACGGUACUACUACCGACUGAAAGUUCGCUGGGAGCAGGAGCAGGAGAGGAGAGAAUUCGAGAGACUUCAAGAUGAAACCCCAAGAACGCGCACUUCAGUGAUGGGCCUUGACGCCUCUCAGAACGGGGUCGAGGAGAACGUAGAGAAUGCCUGUGUUAUUUGCCUCUAUCGGCCACGUAACUGUAUUCUGUUGGACUGUGGACAUGUGUGCUGCUGCCACAGCUGCUACCAGGCCCUUCCACACCGCCGGUGCCCCAUAUGUAGACAGCAGAUCAGCAGAGUGGUCCCUCUCUACCAUGUCUGAAGCACCUGUGUGACCGUAUGACCUCAGUGGAACUUAAUCACCAUACAAACUGAGCCAGCUUUAUACCUCACAGGUCUAAGCUGCUGCACAACGGUAACACUCUGAUAGUCUUGUUACUGUAAAGAAUAAAGACGUUUUUUAAAGGACAUACUGUAUGUAUUAAUAAACUGUUAAUUUAAGUAUGGUGUGCACAUGCUCUGUUCACUACAGAGUUUCAGUGAGGUAAAUUUUAGUUGUAGUUGUACAUAGGAAUACCAGAAAAUUAAGAAAUUGGAAAAAAGGGUUAACUUAUGCAAUAGAAAUGUUUAUUUUCCUACAUGUUUGUUCUGUGCCUUAAUCUGGUAAUUUAUAUGGCUGCUGCUAAGAGUGAUUGUACUGUAUGAAUCUGAAUAAGUCGAAACUUUCAGUUACAUAUCGCACGAGUCACUGGAGGUUAGUGAAAUAAAGAUACAUUUAGUGCCAA